AUGGUGAAUCUCUCAAUUUCUCGCAAACAUCUGGACGUCGAUUCAGAAGAUCAACAACAAAAAUCGGAUCAACUUCAAUUUGCUCACAAAACUCGAUUCAUAAUUCUGAUAAUUUGCACAUUAUGUUUAUCAAUUGCUCAAUCCGACACUUUGACAUUAAACUUCACAAUUAUUUGUAUGACUGAAAAAUCGGAUAAUAUCAGCUUGGCUUCUGGAUCAAAUGAGACACAUUUAUUGGAAAAAGAAAUGUUCACACCAAAUGAAAAGAAUUUGUUAUUCUCAUUGGUUGCAAUUGGUGCAAUGGUUGCUGUUUAUCCAAUAAUGUUCCUUAUUCAAAGAUUUGGUUCUCGUUCGAUUUGUUUUUGGAUGGGUAUGUUUUCCGCCCUCACAACUGGUUUAAUUCCAUGGAUGGUUUCUCUCGGUUUCUAUCCUCUUGCUAUCAUGCGAUUCCUCCAGGUUUGUAUACAGUAGUUCAAAGAUUCAAUUUAUUUGCAUAUUUUUUUCCAGGGAACUGGUCUCUCCACAGGUUUUACACUAAUAGGAAUUGUUACUCGACAAUGGUCGAUGCAAGUUCAAAAUGCGUUUUAUAUUGCUGUUCUCACGUGCUUCUUCCAGGUUUGAUUUGAAAAUCAUUUGAAAAAAUAGGUGGCUAAGGGCGAAAAUAUAUGCAUUUGCUAAACCUAUUAUUUUCCUGGUCCUAUUACAAAUCUUGUUGAAUUUCAGAUUGGUCCAAUUUUCACAAUGCCGAUUGCUGGAGCACUUUGCACUUCUUCUUGGGGUUGGCCGGCUGUUUAUUAUGUUCAUGCUGCGGUCACUUUUGGACUCUUUGUUCUGUUCUACUAUUUUUAUAGGUCAGUUGUGGGAACUUACAAAAGGGGAAGAUUUUCAAAAGUUAUGAGAAUUUUAAAAUUCUUCAAAGCAUCUACACUACAGUAAUAUCCAUAUCUGAAAAUUAAUCGAGAUUAGAAAUUUCCACUGAAAAAUUGGGAAUUCUUGAAAUUUCCGUGGAAAUUCUACUGGGAGAAUUUUGGUUGUUUGAUUUUUUGGAAACAAACUUCACGUUUUUCGAGUGCUAGAAAAUUUGCAUAAAAAUUGGAGAAAACAUGUGGUUUUCACGAGCACCAAUUUUUUUUUACAAAAAUGAUUUUUUGCAAUCGUAGAAUUUUUCAGAUCUAAUUUUUAACAUUUUUCUAUCAAGUUUCAGAGACUUCUGAAAAUUUUGGAAAAUAAAAAAUUGCACAAAAAUAAAAUCCAAACAAAAAAAUUUAACUUUUUUGACUUGAAAAUCUCAAAAAUUUUAAUGCGAAAGAGUCUCACAAUCAAACUUCAACUCAAAAAUAUGAAUCCAACAUUUUUCACAAUUUCCUAGAAUUCCCCAAUUUUUGCAGAGAAAGUCCACUUCGUCACGCAAUGGUGUCAGUUAAAGAAAUCGAAAAAAUACAACGAAACAAAGGUUCAGCUCAAAAACAAGCAGUUCCAGUCUUAGCAAUCAUUCGAGAUCCAGCAAUUAUUUGUGUUUGGAUAAGUGCGAUCGCAAAUUUCAUGGGAAUCCAAGUAACAAUGCAAUUUUCGCCAACAUAUUUGAAUCGAGUUAUGGGAUUUCCUGUUGAAAUGACUGGAACAUUUAGUGCAAUUCCACAAGUUUUCACAUUUAUUCUCAAAUUAAUUGCUGGUUAUUCGGCUGAUAAAAUGGCGUGUUGUACACCACAAACAUCUGUGAAAAUAUUCAAUACUUUGGCUUUGGGUGGAAUGAGUUUGACAUUUUUGGGUUUGGCUUUUAUUCCAACUUCGAUGCCAAUUGCUGGAUUAAUUAUGUUGAUUUUAUCGUGUUCGAUUAUUGGAUUCAAUUGUGGCGCGUUUUUCAGAAGUGCUGCUAUUUAUGCGGCGUAAGUUUUUUAAUUGGGAGAAGAAUUUUUUGAAAUUUCGAAAAGUGAAAGAAAAACCGGGAGUACGGUUUUUUUACCUCGCUUCAAGCUUCAUUCGCAACUUUCUAAUUUCAAAAAAACAUUGAUUUUUUUCUGAAAAUCAAAAAGAGACGUAUUUUCGUAUGAAAAAUUUUUGGAAUUCAAAUUUUUUUCAAGAAUUUUUCAGAACAUUUUGCAAAAUAGUAAUGAGAUCUUGAAAAUUAACUUCCAUAUUUUUUUUUGUAAAAAAAUUGGCUGAAAUUCUGGAUCCGAAUUUUUAGAAAAAAUUUUCGAAGGACUGCUGAAUUAUCAGAUCUCCCCAUAAAUCAGUUUUAUUUCCAGUCAACACUAUCAUUUCAUAAUGGGCGUCAAUUCAUUUCUCAAUUGUCUCGCAUCUCUUUUGGCUCCAGUAAUUGUCAAUAUUUUUGUUGUCGAUGACACGUGGGAUGAAUGGUGGAGUGUUUGGAUUGUUCAUUUCUUUGUUCUAUUUCUCGCCAAUAUUACAUUCCUUAUUUUUGGAAAAGGUGUGGCUGCUGAAUGGACGAAACCAGGAUAUAAUCAGGGCGCAAAUAAAGUUGGAGAUGUUCCAAAAGUCUAA